GGGAAAUCCAGAUUACACAGUGAAGCCGGAGAUACAGCAUACAUCGCCGGCCUGCCAUGACGCAAAACUCCGCUAGUAAGCUUCUAAACGGAGAUGCCUUACACCGGACGAAACAAGACAAGAAAGCGGGCGGGAAUGGGUUCGUGAAGAACCGCUGCUUGUUCCAGCAGAAGCGAUACCGCCGCCCGGCGGAGAAGAACCAUCAUGCUUCAUGCACUUUGCUUUAUAAAAAGACAUUUGUGGAGUCGUUUGAGGAGACGCCGCUGCUGGUUGCCGUCCUCACCUACAUGGGCUACGGCAUCCUUACCAUUUUUGGCUAUCUGCGAGAUUUCCUGAGGGACUGGAAGUUUGAGAAGUGUCAUCUGGCCAGAGAGAGAGAAGAACAGAAGGAUUUUGUUCCACUGUACCAGGACUUUGAGAACUUCUACACCAGGAAUCUAUACAUGAGGAUCAGAGACAACUGGAACAGGCCCAUAUGCAGCGUCCCUGGAGCCAAGAUGGACCUCGUGGAGCGGGUCACACCUGACUACAACUGGACCUUUGAACACACAGGGAAUGUUCUGAAAGAUGUUAUUAAUAUGGGCUCAUAUAACUACCUUGGCUUUGCUGAGAAUACCGGCACAUGCGCUGAUGCUGCCUCUGAGUGCACUGUGAAAUACGGCGUGGGGGUGAGCAGCACCAGGCAAGAGAUAGGAAAUCUUGACAAGCAUAAGGAGCUAGAGAAGCUGGUGGCCAGGUUUUUAGGGGUUGAGUCAUCCAUGGCCUUUGGAAUGGGCUUUGCUACAAACUCCAUGAAUAUUCCUGCACUCACAGGAAAAGGCGGUCUGAUCUUAAGUGAUGAGCUCAAUCAUGUAUCUCUGGUUCUGGGUGCCCGUCUCUCUGGCUCUACCAUCCGUGUAUUCAAACACAACAAUAUGCAAAAUCUGGAGAAGUUGCUCCGGGAUGCUAUCGUGCAUGGCCAACCUAGAACCCACCGGCCCUGGAAGAAGAUCCUCAUCCUCGUUGAAGGAAUUUACAGUAUGGAGGGCUCAAUAUUGCGACUUCCUGAGGUCAUUGCCCUAAAGAAGAAAUACAAAGCUUACCUGUACCUGGAUGAGGCCCACAGUAUCGGGGCACUAGGACCAAGAGGCAGAGGUGUGGUGGACUACUUUGGCCUGGAUCCAUCUGAUGUUGACAUCAUGAUGGGCACUUUCACCAAGAGCUUUGGUGCUGCUGGAGGAUACAUUGGAGGAAAGAAGGAGCUGAUUGAUUACCUCUGCUUACAUUCUCACAGUGCAGUUCAUGCUACCUCAAUGUCCCCACCCAUCACCCAGCAGAUUAUUACUUCUAUGAAGUGCAUUAUGGGAGAGGAUGGCACCACAUUAGGUCAGGAAAGACUCUGUCAGCUGUCAGAAAACACAACCUACUUUCGCAGGAGAUUACAUGAGAUGGGCUUUAUAAUCUAUGGGAACAAUGACUCCCCUGUUGUACCCUUGAUGCUCUACAUGCCAGCUAAAAUCGGAGCAUUUGGGCGAGAGAUGCUGAAGAGGAACAUUGGGACAGUGGUGGUUGGAUUCCCCGCCACACCCAUCAUCGAGUCCCGAGCACGAUUUUGUGUUUCUGCCGCCCACACGAGAGAGAUGCUUGACAAAGCUUUAAAUGCCAUCAGUGAAGUUGGAGAUCUACUCCAGCUGAAAUACUCAAGAAAAAACAGACAUGGGAGUGAAGGAACUGACUGUUUUUCAUUUCUGGAGAGCCACCAGGAUUAGCACGUUCUCAUGAUGGACUGAAUGUGUCUUUCUUCCACCCCAGAGAGAUUCAUGUCUAACUCGAGUGUCAUUUUCAUGUUGAUUCAUUUCAGUGGACACUCACUGAAGUCCACCAGCUGACCAAAUUUCAAGUCUUCCCUCUGGGUUCAGUAACCAACAUUCAUUUCAUCGUGCAAUGUAGUAAAGAAUUCACGUCACUGUGUUCAGCAUCAGAAAUCACACCGGAUAAAAGUUAAUGCUUUAGUGUCAGGACUAAUUUAUCCAACCUUCUACACGGUCUGAAACAAAUGAGAGUAUUUUCUGGUAUUAUACAAAUAUUAUCUGGGUUUUUGUCUUGUUUUCCAUUUAAAAAAAUUGUAAACGAGGUUAAUUCA